UCUAUGGCAACCGGAGUCCCCGCGCCAGAGGCCGGACCCAACGCCGUCUCCAUGACAACCGUCCACGCUCCGGAGACCGGGCCUGACUCGCGGCCGUUGCAAUUUAAACAGAGAGACGGUUAAAGGGGUGGGGGUGGGGGAGAGAGGAUGGCGUCCAUGUUGCAGCGGCGGCGGCGGCGGCCGACGGCCACCCCAAAACUGAGCUGGCGACAGGACCAAGCGCUGGGCAGCACCAUGCGUAUCGUGCGGGUAUUGGGGCCCACCGCUUUCGUCCUACAAGAGGAGGAAGAGGAAGAGCAGCUCCGGGUUUUCCUGGGGAACCCUCAUUCGUGCAGCUGCUCAACAUUUGAGAAAGAAAAGGACCUCUGUAAACAUAUUUGCUGGUUACUGUUGAAAAAAUUCAAACUUCCAAGAGAUCAUGAAUAUGCUCUAAAGCUGGGUCUUGUAGAAAGAGAAAUUAACCAUGUGCUUCAGGAUCCUCAAAAUGCUCUCCAACCCAAAGCAGUGGUUACUUGCACUAAGGAGUUGCAGACAGCUGGUGAUGGGUUCGUUAAACAAAAAGAAAUUGAGAACGAGGGUGUAUGCCCCAUUUGCCAGGAUGUGCUAUUUAGGAAAAUGCUUCCUGUCACCUAUUGCAGGUUCGGUUGUGGCAACAACGUACACAUUGUGUGCAUGAAGAUCUGGGCUGAUCAUCAGGAAGGAUUAGAGAGAGACUCUUUAGUAAAAUGCCCCCUGUGCAGGGAGGAUUUUGCUCCACUGAGGGUCAUUUUGGAAGAAUUCAGAAAUUGCCGAAGACUUGUGACUGCCGCAGAGAAACAGCCUCUUGACAGACACCUUGGAGUCCCUUGCAAUAACUGCAGACUAUGCCCCAUUGAGGGCAACUGCUACAAGUGUACUGAAUGUCCUGAAUACCACCUCUGCCACUGUUGUUUUAGAAGCGUUUGCCACCCUUCGCAUACUUUUGUGUUCCGAGAGAAAAGAAAUCAGAAAUGGAAGUCAGCCAAACAAAAUCUGAAGAGCGUUAAUCCAGGAGAUGAUGGCAAUGAAGAAAGGGACAAAGAGAAGAUGAGAUAUUUAAUGUUCAACUGCACACCAGAGCGCAUAAUAAACUCGUUGCCGACUGUGCUGGUUAGGAAAUCUGGCAGUUUACUUGGUCCGGGUUUGCAGUGUAGACUCUGUCUGAAGAUCUUUUGCCUUGGUCAAGUUGCAAAAUUCCUGCCAUGUAAUCAUAAGUUUCACCGGAAAUGCAUCGACCAUUGGCUACGGAAAGAAAAUGGAUGCCCCAUAGACGGACAUGUAGUGUAUAACCCAUUAACCCAGGAGGAUGUAUCAAGCAGAGGCAAAGAAACCCCGUCAGCAACUCAAGCUAAAAACCAACUUGCAGAGCAGACGGAGCGGGAAUUGUUUGCACUAGGGACUGGAUUGUUCAUCAAGGGAAUAAAUCCAAGCUCCGGCUCUGAGAAAUCUCAAAUACAUUGUAAUAAGAAGAAAAGUCCUUCAGAAUUUGAACAGGAUUUAACUCUGAAUAGCUUCAGCCAUGUUCACACGAGAAGCGCUGAUUCUGGCCAGGGUAGCGUUCAGAAGACAGGGAAUUUGAAGUUUUCAAGAUACCUUAGGGGCUUGGCCCUCGUUCCAAGAUCUCAUUUGGAUACAGUGUUGGGAACAAACACACAAAAAAGGUCAAUGAACACUUUUCAGUAUUUUAAAAGCCUCAACUAGACUUGGACAUAUCACGUUCUUACUUUUCGAAUGGUAAAUUCUGUCAGAGCUACACAAUGCUUGUGGAAUUCUGAUAUAGAUGUUUAACUUAUUAAUAUAUAAAAUUUUAAAUAAAAAAAUCUAUUCAGGC